GUUCCUCCCUUGUGUGGGGAAGAACGCAUUGCCAAAGGCAAGGGGAAUGAAAGGGCAUGCCCUCACCAUUUUCAUGAAUCGUUCUUCUGUGUUUGCCUGUGUUUGCCAUGCUCUUCGGGCAGGGGAGAGGAGAGGAGCGCCGGGCUGUGUUCACGUGAGAUGCAGCGGCCCUCGAUGGUUCUGCGGCAUCGGAGGGCGGCCCUCAGGCGCCUGAUGACAUCACGCAAGGGAGUGGAGGCCGAGAACCCCGAGAGCAAACCAUGUGUGGCGGGGCGGUGGGGAGAUCCGCGUGUGGGUGUCAUGUACCUGUCCGCAGAGAACUCGUACCUUUCAUGGACGAGGAACGGCGUCAUCACGACUGUCGCGUCCGUGGCGGUCUUCAAUCUCUCGCCGAGAGACUGGUGAGGAGAUGCCCCAUGAGCGUCUGUUCGUUCUGAUGGUGAUUUUGUGUGUUGUGCAGGCGCUCUGACCUGGCAGGGCUGUCCCUGUUGUUUUUGGGGGGGCACUUUAUUCUGGUUGGGACGGUGCGGCACGUGUGGUGGUGCGCCCAGCCCAUAUUCACUGUACACACAAACAGAGAAGGAUCUAUGGCAAACCUGGUGGCUUGAAUGUGGACGAGCGCAUGCCUGGUUUGUCUGUCUGUCUGUCUGUGUUUGUCUGUCAAUCAGUUGACAAAUGUCGAGAAGGGCACCCACCUGCUGACCUCCCUGGGCGUGGUGUUCUUGUGGGGCGCCGCUGCCCUCGGCAUCCUCGGCGAAGUGCCCGGCUCCCUUCAGUAAGGCUGAAUGAGGACAUAGCUGACUGACACCCACAAGUCGGUGUAUAUGGAUGUGUGUGUGUGUGUGUAAACAGGUCGAUGCUGCGUCCCCACGUGUCGCGCCGUCUUCUGCGGUCGUUCUGUGUGCUGGAAAGUGAUGAUUUCUUUGAGCUCAUCGACUGACUGAUGAGCAAAGGAUGCAGACGGGUGUGGUGGCAUGCAUUGCUGCAGUCGGUGUAGCCUGGUUCUUUCUUG